CCUUACAUGAUUACAAAAAAAAAAGGGGGGGGGCUGUAUUCCGAAAUUUUCACCGAACAUGAAAUACGGUUUUAUUUUCGUCACAACCUCCUAAAUACAGGGACUUUAUGUCAAUCCUUGAUUGUGAGCGUACAGUAAUUUAAAACUCAGCUUUAUCUGAUUUGUACAGUAAUUUUAAACGUGUAUGUAAUUGUUAGCUGUCUAGCAAACGAAUAUAGCGAAGCUGAAUAUUCAUUAUGGUUAUCCUUCUCUGGCUCUCCUGCAUAUUGGGAUCAGUAUCAAACAAAUUAACGUACAAAAGAUGCUCAAAACUUUCAGGCAUGUUCAUGUGAAAGCAAGUAAUCUACGAGAAGGUGGACAAUGCUGCAAUAAAUGGAAUGUCUUAAACAAGCCUGAGGAAGAUAUUUUUAUUUGUGCUUCUUUUUUACUUUAGGGAAGUUGUCUUUUGUUCUGAAGACGAAGAUGACAACUGAGACAUAACUAUCAUCCCACACUAAUUAAAAACUAAGAUGAUUGACCCUUAAUGGUAUUAGUUCCCCUUCCCAACACACACGCUACAUAUUAGGCCACCGGGAUAACUAAAGCACCAUAAUAAACACACUAAGCUCUUACAUCAACAUGGUUGAAUCAUAUCUUGAUUUAUUUAUAAUGUGAGAGUACAUGAAGAAAAUGUCACAAACUAGACUGUAACUUCACAGAGUCAGAACAAUGACCGUUAUGUAAUGUCUGUGGUCAAAAGUCUAAACGAUCUACGCCACAAAAUCCACACAAAUCCACCACGGAUACUAGUUCGUGGAUCCACAGAUGCUCAUAGCAGCCCUUGUCUCGUUCGGGAGAAGGAAGAGUAGGUUCCCUUGUUUAAACUACCCACGAGGACGCUGGAAAUAUACAGUAAACAGUCUCUGAAGAAAUGAUGAUGAAGGAGGAACAACCAAGAGCUUAAGAAGAAAAUUAACAGCACUGUUCUGCUUUUAAAAAAAAAAACCCUCACUGAAGACUGUGACAUUAUUUGGAAAAGACCAUGUACAGGCACUUUUUCAUAAUGAGAACAAAGCAUUGCUUUGGUUUACUAAAGACUUGUCGACCAGGGAAGCUUCAGGAUACUUUAAAAUUCUGUGUUAGAGCCAAACACAACAAAUAUUUCCAGAUUCAUAAUCAUUUGACAUGCUAUCAUUGGCACUACCUAAGAAAUGUGCUUUGCAGUCCUUCCCUUUGUAUACAGUACAGAAUGCUUCACACUCCCCCAUAAGAAAUGAAAUGUAUGUAAGAGUGAAUGAGGUUUUCAAUGACUACCACAGUAGAUUGAUGAAUGGAGGAUUUACACCUGAGUCAGUUGUCACGUUCACUGGCAAACUUCAUUCAGCUAUGUAUGCAGAUCUUGGUUGGCUACCUUGGCUACAUGUUGAAAACCAUAUCAUUGCUUAUAUGCAGAUUUUGAUGAAUAAUCAACGAAAUAGCCUUCUGAGGAAAACGUUGUACAAGCAUAGACAUUUUGAGGCCAUCUACAACACCAUUUUUAGGAAUUUGGAUGAGAUUCCUGCAGAGCAUUGUCCUUCAAUUCUGCUAUCUCUGUUACACUGUGGCUUGGACCAGUCAGACCCAGUAGUGGUUGUUUUGCUAACAAAGUGUUAUGAUUUUAUUCCUACUGCAGACAUUCCAAGUCUUCGUAAAUUGACAUACAUUAUGCAGGGCCUAGACAGUAGGAAUCUUCUUUUAGCAGGUAAAAUUGUAGAGAGACUUGAUAAAAUAUUGAAAAAUAACAAUUUUGAAGACAUAGAUGUUGCCAUCGAUGACAUAUGCAAUACAGUACCCAUCAUAGCAGCCUACAUGAGCUCAGACUUGUUGAAGGCCUGUGUGAAAGUUGUACUGCGGAAAAUGAAUUCCUCAUCGGACCUGGGCAUAAAUACAGUGGGAACCUACUUAAGAUUUGUUUGCAAAGUGAGCUUCAGAAUUAGCAAAAAUUUACUGCAGGAAAUUCGUCUGGCUGCAACGAAGGCACUUGAUGAGUGUCAAGACUUUGACUUGCUGGAAAGCCACCACAUUGCUGAAGUCUGCCACAAUGCCAAGCGGCUUGGCUGUUACUCUGGUGAUUUGGUGACUAAGAUGCAGAUAAGAAGCUUGGAUCUCCUUCGGGGCAAGCAAAGGCCACUGCAUAUUCGACACAUCACCAACCUGCUGUUUGCGUUCACUCAAAAUUCUUCAUCAGAUAUUAAGAAGGAGAUUACGGAGCUGCUGAUAAAGAACAUAGACGAUGCAGAUGUUCUGAUUCUUUCAAACUUAGCAGACUGUAUCAUGGAGCUUGAGCUGUAUGAUCCAGAGUUGAUGGCGCUGUUUCAUUGGAAGGUGAUUCAGAACAUUGAUAACAUUGCCCAGUACAUCACUCGUCUUGUUAAGAUUCUACGCCUCUUAAGGAAAAGACAGGAGUUUGAUGCAGUCUUCAACCAAAAGAUAGCAGAAGUGCUUCUGAAAUUGUUAUCCAGCCGCCAAAGAUUUGACUCCACAUUUGUCAUCAUCACUGCAUGCUUCGUUCUCCCAACUGUCCGCACAUUGAUUCCAAACAUGCUGAUGGAAUGUUUAAGCACCAUUCUUCCACGAUGCAACCUUUCGCAUACACUUCUUAUUCUUAGUGGCCUCGAAAAGAUGAAAGGGCCAUGGCUGCGUUCUUUGCACAACCAGGUGCUUGAAAUCCGUGCUAAUAUCCAGGAAAACAUACUGGGCAAGAUAGAGAGUGCCACUCAGGCUAACCAGCUUGCUCAUCUGAUCAAGUGUCUGCACAUCAAAUCGCAGAAGAAAGACUUCAUGUUGCUUGACCAAAUCAUGAGCUACUACCCUAGAUUGACAAAGGCGAUGACACACCAUGACUAUCUGAAAACAGUGCAGGCCUUCAAAUAUCUCUCACAUCCUUACUACCAUCCUGAGGUUUUUGAAGACCUGAUUCAGUACAUGAAGAAAAACAUCCCAGAAGUUGGUUUCACUGGUGUUCUUGACCUUGUCAGUGUAUUAGCAAAUGCUGGCUAUCGCCCACAGGAUUUUGACAGUUUUGCUGACUGUACUAUACAGAUUUUGACAGAUGCUAUGAAAGCAGAAAAUUAUCUUGGCCAGGUCUUCCUUGCUCAUUACUUGAGUAUAAUGCAGAUCUUCCCGGAUAAUGUUCUUGGACAAAUAUUUACAUUUGAUUUUCUAGAAGAGAUAGACCGCAUCAUUGAGGCGGAACCUGACCGGCAGCUCAUUUUGAAAAACAUUAUGAUGCAAUUAAAUCGUAGUGUGAUCCUUGAAUGUCCUCAUCUGGAUGUGCCAUGGUUCCACCAGCACUAUUGCGAAGACCAGGAAGAAAAGUCUAGAAUCAAAGAUUUUCCAAGGAUCUGGCCUUUUGUUGAAGAGGCAGAGAAUAUUGUGCGCGAAGUUGUUGGAGGAUCUCACUACAUCCAGAAGAAUGUCUACAGUCCAUACUUCCACCCUAUCAAUUUUGAAGUUGUACUGGAUGCAGAUGGCAAACCAGUAGCAAAAAGUGCUCUUCAGCAGGUGCAUUCCAAUGACAUGCAAUAUGAGAGGGUGGCAUUUCAGCUUAUCUUGAACCAACACUUAUGUAGCAACAGUCAACAUCGUCGAGGCAUAUAUAUUCGUGAUCGUCGGCAUCUGGAGAUUCUUGGAUACCGCGUGGAAGAGGUCUCAAGGUAUGAAUGGAAUUCUAUGGCACUCUCUGACUGGACAUCAAGAGCAGACUUUGUGCGGUCAAAAAUAUUUCGUUCUGAACAGAAGGGUCACAGUCAGGAGCUAUUCUCACAACGGGAGUCAUCGCCAUCACAAAAUUGAAGAGGCUUCCCCAUAGGGAAUACUUAAUUAUGUUUGAUGAGCUUAGACUAACUGUCCUAUUACUGAUAUGUAUUUUCCUAACAUUCAAAAGUAUCAUAUAGCUCAUGCUUAUUUUUGGUCAUUUCUAUUUCUUGGAUUUGACAACAAUCACUGGUUGUUUUUGCUAUAUGGUCAUGGCUGGGACAAUUUGACUCAGGUGGUUUCGUAGGCAAAAUGACUAGCCUCCAACUCACCACAAAGUAAAAUAGACAUAAUACAUAACUUUAGGAAUGUGGCUUAUUCUGUAUACUACAUAUGUUAUACAACAAUAAAAAGAAUCAGGUUGGUUGUUUUUAAAAAUGUUUAGAAGCACCGUUUAUAUGGUUGUUUGUAUACUAUAUGUUUGUGUGCAUAUAUCUCCGUGUGUUGAGAGAGUGAUAUGCUUCAGAUUGCUUCUUUUAAAACUUUGCAAUGUUGCAGAUGUUCUGAACUUAAAGACUAAACUGAGGAUUUUAGAUUGUUUUACCUUUUUCUUUACCUAAAUUUUAACAUUUCAUUGCCCCUACAACCUGUAAUUGUUCAUGUAAUUGCAACUAAAGUGUUUCUUUAAGGUCA